ACUAGCUAAAGUUCAGUUGCUCUAUUGAACCUUCUCGCAUUCGCGUUGUGGACAGACGCAGCAUGAAACUUGCUCUUUGAGUUCGAAAUAAUUGCGCUGUGUUCUAACUCCUUCGAAGGCAGCCCAUGCGCACAUCUCGCUGCACAAGAUGGCGCUGCUUUCCGGGGUUAUUGUUCAUACCCUAAUCAUUCUUCUUCUGCUACAAACUGCGUCAGCGAGACAUCCAGAAUUCAGGCCGCAGCAGGUGAUUGGGUUGCAACAGGAUGCCUCUUUACAGACCAAUGUCACUUGGGAUGAACAUUCUCUAUUUAUCAACGGCAACAGAAUCCUGAUAUUCAGUGGAGAAUUACAUCCGUUCAGGUUACCGGUGCCAACAUUAUGGCUGGAUGUAUUACAAAAGAUUCGUGCCUUAGGGUUCAGCGCAGUUAGCUUCUAUGUGGAUUGGGCGCUCGUCGAAGGAACUCCAGGUGAAAUCCGUACAGAGGGCGUGUUUGCGCUGGAGCCUUUCUUUGAAGCUGCAAAGCAUGCGGGCAUCUACUUGAUAGCACGACCAGGCCCCUACAUCAACGCAGAAGUGUCUGGUGGUGGCUUUCCCGGUUGGUUACAACGUGUUAAGGGACAUUUUCGAACGACAGAGGGUGACUUCCUCGAAAAGACGGAUCUUUAUGUAAGAGCCAUCUGUGAAAAAAUUGCUAAAGCGCAAAUCACAAAUGGAGGGCCAGUAAUCCUCGUUCAGCCCGAGAAUGAAUACUCCCAUUGGACGAAUGGCCAGCAGAAUGACCCCAAAUAUAUCGAUUACGUCAAUCAGCAGUUCAGAAAGGCAGGAAUCGUCGUUCCCUUGAUAUCGAAUGAUGCUGCUGCUGACGGAAAUAAUGUUCCUGGAAAACCAGGGGCGUUCGAUAUUUAUGGCCAUGACGGAUACCCAUUGGGAUUUGAUUGCUCAAAUCCAGAUCAUUGGGAUCCGUGGGCCCUGCCAACAGACUGGAGGGACCGCCAUGAGUCUCAGAGUCCAACGACGCCAUAUACGAUCCCUGAGUUCCAAGGCGGUUCUUUCGAUCCUUGGGGUGGUUCAGGCUUUGAGAAAUGUGUAUCACUGACGGAUAGCACCUUUGAGAGAGUUUUCUGGAAGAACUUGUAUAGCUUUGGGGUAAGCAUAUACAAUGUCUACAUGAUCUAUGGAGGAACCAAUUGGGGGAACAUUGGUCACCCCAACGGUUACACAAGCUACGAUUACGGAGCUGUGAUCAGUGAAGAUCGAAGAGUAUCCCGCGAGAAAUAUAGCGAGGCUAAACUUCAGGCAAACUUCCUGGCGGCGUCACCGGCGUAUUUGACUGCCAUUCCACAAAAGGCUCAAGCAGGAGGAUUAGUAAGUACUGAUGCACUCACUGUUACUCGUCUUCAAGGCAACAAAACCCAAUUUCUAGUGGUCAGACAUACAGACUACACGUCACAGGAUGAGACAUCAUAUAAACUCGUACUUGAUCAUACGAGUAUCGGACCGCUUACCAUCCCAUUCAAUGGCAAAGGUCUCACUUUGCAUGGCCGAGAUUCCAAGAUCCAUGUAAUAGAUUAUGACUUGUUGGGCAUCAAUAUGCUAUAUUCUACUGCAGAAAUCUUUACCGUUCAAAAGUAUGGCGACGAGGUCGUGCUAGUUGUUUACGGCGGACCUCAAGAGGAGCAUGAAAUGGCGAUUGCGCUCGGGCGAGAACGAGUGGAUGCACAACAUAUCCGCGGUCAGGGUGUUAGCGUAUCUACUGUGGACAGCUAUGCUGUCUUCAAUUGGCAAACGAGUUUGGGUGAUAAGGCAUUAAAAUGGGGCGCUCUCACGGUGUGGUUUUUGGAUCGUCAAUCUGCAUACAAUUGCUGGGUUCUUGGUGUUGUCAAUGAGGCUGACGACCAAUAUCCUUAUGCUGGCCAAGCCAGCUUGUCAGUGUUUAUCAAAGGCGGGUAUUUAAUGCGCACGGCAAGCAUAUCGGGCAGCACGCUGAAAAUCACCGGUGACAUUAACGCCACAACAACGAUAGAGAUCAUCGCUGGCGCGCCGAAACCACUCUCUGCACUUUACUUCAACGGCGAAAAGGUACCAUUCGAGCAGGAUCCUUAUGGCAUUGUGACGGCUAGUCUGCCGUACCGACCUAUUGAUAUUGACCUCCCGAAUCUUGCGGCUCAGACUUGGUACUACAUUGACUCUUUGCCUGAACUCCAGGAUGAAUACUCGGAUACAGCUUGGGUGAAAGCGGACCUCAAGUGUACCAACAACAGCUAUCGCGAGCUGACCACACCAACCAGCUUGUUCGGUAGCGACUAUGGUUUCCACACGGGAACAUUGAUAUUUCGAGGACACUUUCAAGCGAAUGGACACGAAAGAAAGCUCUCUAUUCACGCGCAAGGUGGCAAUGGAUUCGGAUUCUCCGUCUGGCUCAAUAGUACAUUUCUUGGCAGCCUCAAAGGCGUUGGCUGGUCCGGAGACGACAGGAUAAGUUCUCGCUUGCCGAAGUUGGAGCCGAAUGCUUCAUAUGUCAUCACUGUUGUAAUAGAUAGCAUGGGAUACGAUGAGAACUUCAUCGUGGGGUUAGACACCAUGAGAGCAACUAGAGGCAUCUUGGACUACAGCCUCGAUGGACAAUCGCAAAAUGACGUGAUGUGGAAAGUCACCGGCAACUUGGGCGGAGAGCAGUACUACGAUAAAUCAAGGGGACCGCUGAACGAAGGCGGUCUGUGGGCUGAGAGGCAUGGAUUCCAUCUCCCUGGCGCACCAGUCAAGGACAAAGGCUGGAAAGCUGUGCCCAAAGGCCCGGUGGAAGGGAUCACGAGGGCUGGAGUGGCCUGGUACGUCACCAGCUUUGAUCUCAACGUCCCGCAAGGCUACGACGUGCCUAUCGCGAUCCAGCUCCCAGACAUUGCAUCUUCGACAGCUGGCCCUCCUGGGACUUCAUUGCCAUCUGCCUAUCGGGUGCAGCUCUACGUCAACGGUUGGCAGUUCGGAGAGUAUGUCCACCAUUUAGGACCGCAAACAAAGUACCCGGUGCCCGAGGGCGUCUGGGACUACAACGGAACGAACUGGGUGGCGAUCAGCCUGUGGGCAAUGGAUGGUAGCGGUGCAAGACUGCAGGACAUCAAACUGGUCGCCGGGCCUGUGGUUCAAACCGGUUACACGGGGGUCAAGAAAGUGGAAGCGACCUCGUGGACAAAACGACGAGGGGCAUACUGAAAGUGCGAAACCGAUCUCUUGUUUUCCUUUUCACCCAAGUUGGUGAAUUUCAUGUUUAUCAGACUAGCUAAAGACGAAAUCGCACAUGAACGUGUCAGGCAACGGCGACGCAGUGCCCUCUCCGA